AAUACACAUAAUCUACCAAUUUAAAUCACAAAAUGUCCCCAAAAUUCACGAGAAAGGGCAAUAACGGGCAAAACUACCCUGUUUGUUAUGGGGAGCACGUUUUGGGGGGCGGGGUCAUCCGUCUCUGGUGUCGUCAUCAGAAUUUGUGCACUCCGCGUUGGAUUGUGGGUAACUACUACAUUUCUAUCGACGUCAGAGGAAGUACACAACAGGUAGUCAAAAUGAUGAAGUUUAUGUUGUUGUUUAGCCGACAAGGCAAGGUGCGGCUACAGCAGUGGUACUCAGCCACCCAGGAGAAGGAAAAGAAGAAGAUCAUGAGAGAACUCAUCACCAUCAUCCUGGCCAGGAAGCCCAAGAUGUGCAGCUUCCUCGAGUGGAAGGAGUACAAGAUCGUCUACAAGAGAUAUGCGAGUCUGUAUUUCUGCUGUGCGAUCGAGAAGGGAGACAACGAACUGCUGACGCUAGAAAUAAUCCACAGAUACGUGGAGCUGCUGGAUAAGUACUUCGGCAGUGUGUGUGAACUUGACAUCAUCUUCAACUUCGAGAAGGCGUACUUCAUCCUGGAUGAGCUGAUGCUGGGCGGGGAGAUCCAGGAAACCAGCAAGAAGAACUGCCUCAAGGCUAUAGCAGCGCAGGACUUGUUACAGGAGGAGGCAGACGCAACCAGAAACGUCUUGGAAGAGAUGGGUCUACCCUGAGGCAUUCUGGGACCAAAUCAGUUCUCAAGAGGAAAUUUAGCUAGGAGCAAAAAUAAAACUGUUGUAAUAUUGUCAUAUCGUCUUUUGUUAAGAAUUAUGGUCUCUGCUGAGUAAUUCCAAGUAAUUUUAAAAGAUUUUGUACAUCUUCAGUCUGGUGUAUAUUUAAGAGGAAAAAGUUUUGAUUCUGUACCAUUAAACAUGAGAUUCCAAACAGUAAACCAACAAGCAAAUCAUUCCCAAAGUUAUUUUACAAAGUUUUAAUCAGAUUCAAGUGAUGAGUAGUCAGAACUUUCAUGGUCAGAUAGUACCUGAGAACCAGUAAUUUUUGUUUGUCAUAGGACUUCUGUAGCGACCAGUCUGGCCAAUAUCGAGAUGAUUUUGCUGCGUAAGAUGGAAAAUUUAAGACCUUUCCUGUCCCCAUUUUGACUGGAGCCUGGUGUAUGUUAUCCUUAAAGCACACUUAAGAGGCCUUUUGGGUUCAAUCCUCUCUUGGUUGUGGAGUAAGGCAGCAGGAAGAUGGUUAGAAUAACGGACAAUUCUUACACAAGUGAUUCAGCUCCUGUCGCCAUCUUCAUUGAAUGAUUGACAUUUAAGGUCGCACAGGAAUGUCCUUGGUGUGACUUACAGACUGACAUGUGUCAGGGGAAGUGCAUUAAAAUUCUCAACAUCA